AGAGUGUGCUUCCAAAAAACUGAGUACUAAACCAUGGUGAGUUUUCCAUUACUCUCGGCUGCUGCAAGAAGGCUUGAAGGUAAGGUAGCAGUGAUCACUGGCGGAGCCAGUGGCAUCGGAGAAUCCACCGCUAGACUCUUCUCUAGACACGGCGCUAAAGUUAUGAUCGCUGACGUGCAAGACGACUUGGGCCAAUCCAUUUGCAGAGACCUGAACCCUUCCUCCACCACCUUCAUCCAUUGCAAUGUGAUGAACGAAAAAGACGUCGAAAAUGUAGUGAACACGGCCACCGCCAAGUAUGGAAAACUAGACAUUAUGUUCAACAAUGCCGGCAUCAGCGACGUGGCCAAGCUAAACAUCCUCGACAACAACAAGGAUGAUUUUGAGAAGGUCCUCAGAGUGAACGUGGUAGGUGUCUUCCUAGGGAUCAAGCACGCGGCUCGAGUGAUGAUGGGAGCUCGAAAGGGGGCUAUUAUCAACAUGGCUAGCGUUUGCUCGAUUAUAGGGGGCGGUGCAUCGCAUGCCUACACGAGUUCGAAGCAUGGAGUUGAGGGGCUCACGAAGAACACAGCGGUAGAGCUCGGACAAUACGGAAUACGUGUGAAUUGUGUAUCGCCAUAUUUGGUGGAGACACCGUUGACCAAGGACUUCUUUAAGCAUGACAAUGAGGGAGUCGGUGGUGUUUACUCCAACCUCAAAGGGCCGGUGCUGAAGGCGGAAGAUGUGGCGGAGGCUGUUCUUUACUUAGGGAGUGAUGAGUCCAAGUAUGUUAGUGGGCAUAAUUUGGUAGUAGAUGGAGGCUACACUAUUGUGAACGGCAGGUUCUGCAUGUUUAAGCAAUCUUAA